AUGAACUCUGUCCUGCAAGACGAUGCCACCACCUUUGCCAUAGAAUUGCUUGAGGAGGUGAGUUUCUACCCCUGCCUACUGGACUUCACCACCAAGCGUGCCAUGAUUCAUGCCCAGUGCGACCGCGUGCGACUCACACAGGGCUCAGGCGAGCCUAUUCGCAUUGUGGUUCCCCGGGACAAUGUCCUGGACGGCGUAUGCUCCACGCUGAAUCUGCAGGACGCCCAAGCACGCAUCGAUGUCCCUUUGGAGAUCGAAUUCCGGGCCGGGUACUCCGACGCCACCGGCAACGAGAUGGUAGAGGAGGGCGAGGACCAGGGUGGCCCGAGAAGGCAGUGGAUGGACAGAGCCUGCCGAUACUUCAUCGCCUCGGACCUAUUUAUGUCUCCUUCAGAGGACGCCGCUCAUCUGGAGAUGAAUUUCGAUCGUAGCUGGGCGGAAGAUUGGACAGAACAGUUCGAGCUCUUCGGCUGCGUCAUCGGCUUCGCGAUUCUCCACAAGGAGACGAUCCCGGUACACUUUGGGCACAACUUCCUCCGCUCAGUCUUUGGGCUGAAAACAGAUACUGCAGACCUUCUACCGCUCCUUGAGCAGGUGGACAAGACUUUGCAUACGAAGUUGACCUACAUCCUCAGCGGAUCUUACAAGGACUUGGGCGACACACUGGAGGACUGUGCAACGCCUCAUUCCUUUGUGUUUAAUUGGGCAUCGCGGAAUGGGUAA